AUGUACAAUACUCAUUCAGACAUUUGGUUUGCCGGUGCAUUUGCUGCAGUCGUCGUUGACUUUAUUGUCUAUCCAGUAGACACGCUCAAGACUCGCAUCCAGUCACCGAACUAUGAGACCGUGUUCAAGAACGCGCGCACAGGCGCAGUGAGACGGGAUGUGCUCUUCCGCGGACUGUACCAGGGUGUUUGGAGCGUUGUAUUCUCGACAAUUCCAUCAUCAGGAGCAUUCUUCACCACGUAUGAGGCCAUUAAAUGCGCUCUGCAUGAUUCAUCGACCAGGAGGAACGCCACAGGCAGCAAGUCAGAGUAUUCCACACAGAGCUCCAGAACUGGCCUUCAACUCCCAUUCACACACUCGCUUCCAAGUCCCGUUAUCAACGCGAUUGCAUCUUCGACUGGUGAAGCGGUCUCAUGCUUCAUGCUCACACCAGCAGAGGUAAUCAAGCAAAAUGCGCAGAUGUUUAACAGUGUCGAAGGGGAAUCGAGGGCAAAGGCUGGUAACGCCACUGCCAUGCGCCAUGUUCUGUCACGGUUCAAAGGCCACCCGUGGAAACUCUGGAAUGGGUAUUUUGCAUUGCUGGGCCGGAACCUCCCGUUCACAGGUCUUCAGUUCCCGAUGUUUGAGUACGUGCGGUCACAUGUCAUUGACUGGUAUAGGCGACGCAAAGCUGUCGGCCAUCCGCCUGGCGGCAGGGGGCAGCCCUCUGCUCAGAGAGAGCAGCUUAUUGAGCGAGCUGGGUUGACUGGUAUUUCGGCCUCGGUGUCGGGGUCUAUAGCUUCGGUGGUUACCACGCCGAUAGAUGUGAUCAAGACCCGCGUCAUGCUGUCUGCGGGCGAUGGCGCACCACCUGGCGCCAGGAGGGGCAGGGGCACCUGGGCUACUGGGAAGCAGAUCUUCCAGACAGAGGGUAUUCGCGGUUUGUUCAAGGGAGGCGCAAUCCGCAGUGCUUGGACGGCUGUAUCUUUGAGCCUGUAUUUGAGUUUGUAUGAAGGCGGCCGGUUCUUUCUGGAGAAUCGGCGUCGCAGACUGGAAGGAGUUAGCGAAGAGUCUUCGAAGGGAGAGACAGCAAUCUAG